CGGGCGUCAUCCGCGGGCGCCGCAGCCGCUGCAGCCCGGCCGGAGCGAUGAGCGCGGAUGAUGAGCUGAGCCUGCUGAUCAUCGUCCUCGACACCAACCCCAUCUGGUGGGGGAAGAGGGCCCUGGGAGAGGCUGAGCAGUUCACCCUGUCGAAAUGCAUCGAUGCAGUGAUGGUGCUGGGGAACUCCCACCUGCUCAUGAAUCGCACCAACAAACUCGCUGUAAUAGCAAGUCACACUCAGGAAAGCCGUUUCCUGUACCCUGGGAAGCGUUGGGCUGCUGCAGAUCCCUUUGGAGAGGGAGGCCCUUCCAUGGAAUCUAACUGCUCUGGCAGCAAGGAUGGAAAAUAUGAAUUAUUAACAGCAAUAAAUGAUGCAAUUGCAGAAGAGAUUAAAGACCUCAUGACAAAGACUGACAUGAAGGGCCAGCAAACAGAAACCCUGUUAGCAGGAUCACUUGCUAAAGCACUUUGUUACAUCAACAAGAUGGGCAAAGACCUAAAAGCCAAUCAAGAAAUUAAAUCAAGGAUUCUGGUCAUAAAAGCUGCAGAAGACAGCGCACUGCAAUACAUGAAUUUCAUGAAUGUGAUCUUCGCAGCACAGAAACAGAGUAUUUUGAUUGAUGCCUGUGUCUUGGACUCUGAUUCAGGUCUUCUACAACAGGUACAGACUUGCUGUUCUUUGCCAUUUAUAUUAACUCAUAAAUACUUGAUGUUAGACAAUUCAACACAUCCUUCAGCUCUUUCCUUUAAUCAAGAGUGGGUGUGGAAAUACGUUCAGUGGAUCUGUCAGUUCUGCCAUGCAGGCCUUGUGCAGUACAUGGAUAUUCUGAAUGCCCUGUUAAUGUCAUCAAAGAACAUUCUGAUCAUGGUCUCUGCUUUGCAGGCCUGUGAUAUCACGGGUGGCAUAUAUUUGAAAGUGCCCCACAUGCCAUCCCUUCUGCAGUAUUUGUUGUGGGUUUUUCUCCCUGAUCAAGAGCAGAGAUCCCAGCUCGUCCUUCCACCUCCUGUUCAUGUUGACUACAGAGCUGCCUGCUUCUGUCAUCGCAACCUCAUUGAAAUUGGCUACGUCUGCUCCGUGUGCUUGUCAAUAUUCUGCAACUUCAGUCCUAUCUGCAGUACCUGCGAGACUGCUUUCAAAAUAUCAUUGCCACCUGUCAUGAAAGCAAAGAAGAAGAAAUUAAAGGUAGCUGCAUAGCAACAUUAUGUAAAUACAUCAUUACCUCCUCCAGAAUUCCAUGAAAUGGAGCCUACUUGAGAAACUGAUGGCACUUUUUAUUGGAAAUGAAAGAGAACUGUAUGCAGUGCUAUUACUUGUUUCUUAGGGGAUAAAUUUUUAAAAUGUAUGUUUUCUAUGUAGCCUGUUAAGUAACAAAUCACUGUAUUACCAUGUAAUCUGUGCUGUUUUAAAUACUAAUUCUUUGCUGUAAGAGGAACCAGAAGUUGCAUCCUGGUAAAGAGACACAGCCUGUGAAUUUGAGGGUAUUCUGUCCACUGCAAAGUUUCACACCUCUGAGUUAUUUUCAAAGUCAAGAAAGCUUCGAUUCUUUCUGUAUGUUGGUGUAAAGUUAAGAAUGACCAUUUCCAGUUUGUAGGAUCAGAAUCACAGCACUGUGUUGUUCAGAGACUUCAGCUUCUUACUAGCAAUAUGAGCCAUCAUUUUCAAGAUGGUUUGUGAGCCACUUGAAAAAAAAAUGGUGCUAAUUGCCCUGCAUGUGCACUCACAUGUAUUCAUAUUCCUGUGACUGUACUGUCCUUGUGGUAUUUCUUUCUCAAUUUGAUAUCUCUUCAUUUGUGAAUGAAAAGGCCUCCCUCAGUUUAAAA